GGGUAUUUGAGUAUUUCCAUCGUAAACGCCAAUUAGCUCCGGUGACUUUUUCCGGCAUGGACAUUAACAUGGCUUCAACUUCAAUCGCCACUUUCUCCAUGUCAAUCAACUCACAAUCCCAAUCAAAAUUUCUCAAUUUGGUUUGUCAACCACUGAUUCGUAGCCGCAUCAAACACACUUCAAUUUCAUUUCAAAGGGCCAUAGUUGGAACUACCCUUUUAUCAAUAUGUAAUUGUUCCCACACUCCUUGCAUACCCUCCUCAAAUUUGUCAAGCCCCACCUAUGCUAUCUCACCCAGAAGGAGUUUAACCAAGUUUCUUUCAGAAAAGAUAGCGUUUUUUCUCAUUGGGUCGUUUAUCUUCACGGGUUGCUUCAGCAAAAGAGCUGCUUUUGCAGUAGCAAUGCCUUCUUCCGUGGGUUCUGGGGGUGCGUUGGAGGAGAAGGUGGAAUCCAUGGAAGGGGAAAACGAUGAAGAAAUGUGUGAGGAGAUUUUGGAGAAGGACCCAAGAAAUGUUGAAGCUCUCAAGGUGAUUUUGUAUGGGAAGAUUAGGAGAGGGAAGUCUAAGGAGGCUGUGAAGUUUGUGGAGAGUUUGAUUGAUGUGGAGCCAAAUGAGGUUGAGUGGAGGCUUUUGUUGGCACUGUGUUAUGAGACAAUGGGGCACUUGAGUACGGCUAAAAGAUUGUUCAGGGAAAUCUUGGAGAAAAAGCCUCUUCUCGUUAGAGCUCUGCAUGGUCUGGCUAUGGUGAUGCACAAAAACCAUGAAGGUCCUGCUGUAUUCGAAAUGCUGAAUAAGGCUCUAGACUUAGCUUCUCGCGAAAAAAGAGUUACGGAGGAGAGAAAUAUAAGAAUCUUAAUUGCACAAAUGCUUGUUGUACAGGGGAAUUUGGAGGAGGGCUUAAAAAGAUUUCAAGAUUUGAUUGAUCAAAAUCCUCGAGAUUUUAGGCCUUAUCUUUGCCGGGGAAUUAUAUACAGCCUCCAGGAUAAAAAGGAGGAAGCUGCACAGCAGUUUGAAACAUAUCAAGCUCUUGUGCCUGAAGAGUUUCCACAGAGGGGAUUUCUUGAUGAUGUUGCCUUAUCAGCAAAAGGAACAUCCCGAGAACAGUUUCAGAAGCAAUUUAAAGAUCAAUUUUCUUACGGGAAGCAGGAAUAAUAUACGACGUUUUGUUCUUUGUUGUCUGAACUACUUUUAUGAUGUACUAGAAUGUGUAGCGCAGUUUUGGUGUUUGUACGACGUUAUCAUUUUUUUUUUGGUCCUUGUAGGUCUUAUACCUUCAUUUAUUAAUC